AUGGCCCGCGACGAUGCGCCGCCGCCCGCCAAAAGGCAGAAAAGCUCCCUUCCAGCGCCACUCCGCGACGCAAAGCGACAGGACAUCGACAACUGGGAAACAAACCGUAUGCUAACGUCCGGUGUCGCUCAACGACGAGAAUUCACAGGCGAUUUUACCCCCGACGACGAUGAAGGGACACGAGUGCACCUGUUGGUGCACGAUUUGCGCCCGCCAUUCCUCGACGGUCGUACGAUUUUCACGAAGCAACUGGAGCCUAUAUCCGCCGUGCGAGAUCCACAAAGUGAUAUGGCUGUUUUCAGUCGGAAGGGAAGUAAGGUUGUUAGAGAGCGGAGGCAGCAGAGAGAACGGCAAAAGCAAGCGCAGGAAGCCACUACGAUGGCGGGGACGGCGUUGGGAAACCUGAUUGGAAUCAAGGAAGAUGAAGGAGACAGCGCUGUGGCGGCUCCAAUUGAAGAAGUUUACAAAAACACGAACAAAUUCUCGCAGCAUUUGAAAAAGGACGAAGGCGGUGCUAGUGCAUUUAGCAAAAGCAAGACAUUGCGCGAGCAGCGGGAGUACCUGCCCGCCUUUGCGGUGCGCGAGGAUUUACUUCGGGUUAUUCGAGAUAAUCAAGUCAUAAUCGUGGUUGGAGAGACCGGUUCUGGUAAAACGACCCAAUUGACUCAGUUUUUGUACGAGGAUGGCUAUGGUAAACAGGGGAUGAUCGGUUGUACGCAACCUCGUCGAGUGGCGGCUAUGAGUGUGGCCAAGCGUGUGAGUGAGGAGAUGUCGGUUGAUUUGGGGGAUCUUGUUGGAUAUGCGAUUCGAUUCGAGGAUUGCACGAGCGACAAGACUGUUAUAAAGUAUAUGACGGAUGGUGUCUUACUGAGAGAGUCCUUGGUCCAGCCGGAUCUUGAUAAAUACUCUUGCAUUAUCAUGGACGAAGCUCACGAACGUGCAUUGAAUACAGAUGUCCUAAUGGGGCUGAUUAAAAAAGUGCUGGUUCGAAGAAGAGAUUUGAAGCUGAUUGUCACAUCUGCUACGAUGAACUCGGAACGAUUUUCUCGGUUUUUCGGUGGUGCCCCAGAAUUCAUUAUUCCUGGCCGCACUUUCCCCGUCGACAUUCAAUUCUCUCGGUCGCCUUGUGAGGACUAUGUGGAUAGUGCUGUCAAGCAGGUCCUGGCAAUUCACGUCUCUCAGGGACCGGGAGAUAUUUUAGUGUUUAUGACCGGACAAGAAGAUAUCGAAGCUACAUGCGAUUUAGUUGAGGAGCGACUGAAGCUGCUGAAUGACCCUCCAAAACUAAGUAUUCUUCCCAUUUACAGUCAAAUGCCUGCCGAGCAACAGGCAAAAAUCUUUGAAAAAGCAGCGCCGGGAGUCAGAAAAGUCAUUGUGGCAACCAACAUUGCCGAGACAAGUUUGACUGUUGAUGGUAUUAUGUAUGUGGUUGAUUCGGGGUUCUCCAAAUUGAAAGUCUACAACCCUCGUAUGGGUAUGGAUACACUCCAGAUUACGCCCAUUUCUCAAGCAAACGCAGGUCAACGCGCUGGACGAGCCGGAAGGACGGGUCCAGGUAAAGCCUUUAGGCUGUACACGGAGCAAGCGUUCAAAAACGAAUUCUAUAUUCAGACAAUCCCGGAGAUUCAGCGAACCAGUUUGGCUAAUACGGUGCUGUUGCUGAAAUCGUUAGGGGUCAAGGACCUCUUGGACUUUGAUUUCAUGGACCCCCCGCCACAGGAGACUAUUUCCACUUCGUUAUUUGAACUGUGGUCUCUCGGAGCAUUGGAUAAUUUGGGAGAUCUGACGCCACUCGGCCGUCGCAUGACCCCUUUCCCUAUGGAUCCUUCAUUGGCAAAACUAUUGAUUACUGCAUCCGAGGAGUACGGAUGCAGCGAGGAAGUAUUGACAAUCGUCUCCAUGCUCUCUGUGCCAAACGUAUUCUUCCGUCCCAAAGAACGUCAAGAAGAAUCCGACGCAGCCAGAGAGAAAUUCUUCGUUCCCGAAUCCGACCAUCUCACUCUAUUACAUGUAUACACCCAAUGGAAAUCCAACGGCUACUCCGACGCCUGGUGCGUCCGCCAUUUCUUACACUCCAAGUCCCUCCGGCGAGCCAAGGAAAUCCGCGAACAACUACACGACAUCAUGACCGUCCAAAAAAUGCCUCUCGUCAGCUGCGGCACAGACUGGGACGUGAUCCGCAAAUGCAUUUGUUCUGGAUAUUACCAUCAAGCGGCACGUAAAAAGGGGUUGGGCGAGUUUAUCAACCUUCGUACCAGUGUUACAGUGCAGUUGCAUCCGACCAGUGCGCUUUAUGGGUUGGGUUAUGUGCCGGAUUAUGUGGUUUAUCAUGAACUUAUUUUGACGAGUAAGGAGUAUAUGUCUACCGUUACCGCGGUGGAUCCUCACUGGCUCGCCGAAUUAGGCGGCGUCUUCUACUCCGUCAAAGAAAAAGGCUACUCCCACCGCGAAAAACGCAUCACAGAACACGAAUUUAACCGUCGAAUGGAAAUCGAGACUCAAAUGGCCGCUGAUCGGGAGCGGGCUGCUGCCGAGAAGGAGCGGGAGAAGGAGAGGAAUGAUCCUGUGCGGAGGAAGAGGGAGAUUGAGGUUGGUAUUGGGAUUGGACGGCCUGCUUCUGCUGCCGGUAUGACGAAGUCGUCGUCGGUUGUGAAGAGGCCGGUGGUUGGGGGUGGUGGGAAGAGGGAUGGUCUAAAUGCGUCAAGUAAUAGUGGUGGUGGGAGUGUGGUUAGAAAGCCCGUGGUGGUCCGGAGGCCUGGGGGCAGAGCUUUCUAA